CGUUACCGGCAGUUCUCGGACAAACAUCUAUGGUGUGCCUCAUAUUUUGCACCCGCUAACGUCUUUAGCUCACCAAAACACCGUUCAAUACGAUUUUUUCUUCGAUUGAUAAUUUUUCAUCUCUUUUAGUUAAUUUCUAAAUCUUGACCCACCUGCAAAGAUCUGUAAAGUCGUGCCCCAUCUCCUCACAUGCAAUCAACUCAACAACUUUUGUAACGACAGUCAUAAUUUCCUUAAGAGCUUAAGUGAUCGGCGGCAAAGCAUUAACGACGACCACCGCGACGAGCCGACGACAUGAAAUGCUGGUCAGAUGGAUUCGAUGGAUGUGCUUGUUGUGCGCUUGCGCUCUCGCCGAUCAACAAAUCCCGAACAAUAACACACAAACAGACUUGGGAGAGCAGUGUUUUCAAGAUGACACGUGUCAGCUUCACGACAAGCACGCGGUGUGCGCACAGGUGGACCACAAUGCCAUAUGUAAGUGUAAACAGGGAUACCACAUCGUCACCGUUUCCAGGCCUACCAAUACUCGAAGUAGCUUCUGUGCUCAAGAUGAAUCCGAUGGCAGGACGGGCGGUUCGUCGCUUCUUGGUGUCGUAGUUGGUCUUUUAGUGUUCUCUGCACUUAUCUGUUUCGGGUUGCGCCUGUCCACCGCUUCCAGGCCACGGCAUUUCCCGACCACCAACUUAUAUCCCAACAAGCUGCUUUGCUCGCGUCAAACGAAAACAUCUUCUGGUCGACAUUACGGUACAUCCGAAGGGUCAGCUCAUCAAGAAGAGGAGAGUAGUGCCGGACAGUUGGAAACUAAAGAUGAGGAUAACAACAGGGUAGGUGCAGCUAGGGCAGCUGCUUUCAUUUUGAUCUCUUGUCGACCAUCCACUUCAGAAACACCUUCAUCUUCUCCAGGAAAAACGAAAAGAGCAAAAAAAUUGGGUUACGGCAAGACGGGUAGUGACCCAGCUGUACACAGUACUUCUUCCUUGAAAGCGUACAAUUUAAAAUGGUAUCAAAGGGACCAGCAGAGAAGACACUCGACUAAGAAUAGAGAAGCCAAAGGCACACCGCCUAGUCAUUGUUCGACUGAGCAACUAAUACACAACAGUUCCAAAGAGGCUUGUUCGAGAAAUAGUCAAAAUGCUUUAAGUUCAAAAGACAAGUCAAAAACAUCAUCUGUAAGUCGCAUUGAGCACAAAGCCUUGGUUCAUCAUUCAGCUCCUAGCUGUAGUCCGGACGCUGUGGUCGUUCCCAUGGAACCUUUAACACAUCAUCAAUCUACGACAAGAGAACAUCAUCAAAAGUUAUCAGAGGAAACUACAGUGGAAAAUUAAAGACAUUGUUUGCAUUGAUUUUGAAAUGUCAUUUAGUGUUAUUCAAUAGGAUUUAAUGUAAAUUCACCUAAUAAUUUGGUUAAAAAUCCCACAGAUUUAAAAUCAUAAAUCAUACUAUUAAAUUCAAUUACACUUACACUACACGAUUUAUUUUUGCAUAUGGAUUAUAUUCCAAAAAUAAAGCGUACUCUCAAUUGUAAAAAAAUAUUUUUAUAUGAUUUUUACGUAACUAUAUUUUGAUGCACAUAUUCGUGUUGAAUGAAAUAUAGUUUUGAAAAAAAAUAAUUAGUAUGAUACAUCUCAUGAACACUAAGGUGUAUAAAUUAUAAAUCAAGUAUCAUCUUGUUGUACCGAGUAUUUGCACUUUGCUUUAAUUAUACUAUACACAAUCAAAUUUCUCUUUUAAGUUGCUCUUUAACUUGUUUUAACUUAUCAAUGUUACUCUUCUUAUCAACUUAUCAACUUACAUGUGCUUUAUUAUUGGAUAAAUGUAAAUCGCUAUAUUAA